AUGGCACUGCAAAGCGCCCACAGUUCUGAGGAGCAAUUGGUGACAGCCAUUGCGAAUGACGAUGUGGAGGAGAUGUUGACAGUCAGCUGUGACCAGAGUGUGACGAAGAGCAUCGGAUCCAUGCUGCAUGUUGCUGCAAUGUACAGCUCCGUUGCUUGCGUAAAGCAUCUGGUGACAGACAUGGCUGAUGUGAACUUGCGCAACAAGGAUGGGUACAGUCCCAUUCACUUUGCAUCAGCCGACGGCGACGCAGAGGUAAUUCGUUCGCUGCUUGCGGCAAGGGCAGACUUGAACCUGACUACCCCCGACGCCCGGGCAAGACUGAUGAGAGGAGCCUUGGCCCUCGAUGCUUCUGGCGGUAGGAAUCCCCUCCACCUGGCGGCUGAAAAGGGCCGGCUGGCUGCAGCCGAGGUUCUCUUUGCGGCAUGUCCGGCACUGGCAGAUGCCAAAGACUUUGAUGGCGCACUUCCUCGAGACGUCGCUUUGCGUGAGGGCGCUUUCGCCGCGAAGCUGGCGCCCAACCGCAAGGCUAUCGCGGAACUGCUAAACCCUGCGGAGGAGAUUCCAGAGCUUGCUUGCUUGCGCGAGCAAGCAGACGUGGAUGCUAAGAAGCGGAGGCAUCGGUUGGACAAACAGGAGGCUAUAGCCAAAGCGGCGAAAGCUCGGCUGACAAGUAGGCCCCCUUCUGAUUAUGGCUAUCAGGCCAAGUGGCCAGACAUUUACAAGAUGCAGGUUCGCGAUGUCAUUCCAUGUCUGAACCACGAGCUCCUGGCAGCUUUGUCUCUCAAAUCGGAGCAGCGACACAGCAUCCUGAGAAACCUGUGCGAAGAAAUAGCUGAAGGCGUCUUCGCUUUCCAGAUGGUGCCAGAAGCAGACGUGAUGAGCUUAAGCACCAAGCUCCUGGAAGAGAUUGAUGGCGUGGAGGAGUGGGCAAAGCAAAGUGACUGGGAGCUGCGGCGUCCGAAUUCGAUGAAUCGCUAUGGGGUGGUCCUUGAGGAUCUCGGUCUGGGCGCCUUUGCUGCCGCUUUGGCGACUGGCCUGGCAUCCCCGCUUGCUGCCGCACUUUAUCCCGAACGGCGCUUCGGGGUCUUCAAUGACAUCCAUGCGUUCACUGUGCGCUACCGUGGUGGGGAGGAUCGCUUCCUUGAGACGCACGUGGACUCGAGUGAAGUGACCUUGAACAUCUGUCUCGGCGGCGAUUUUCGAGGAGGAGGAGUGUACUUCCACGGCCUGGACACUCAGGAGGGGCCGUCAGAUCCAAUGACUUCGCCACACCCUUCCGACUGCACGAGAUGCGCUGUCACGCACGAGCAUCGCGUGGGCACUGCCAUUAUCCACCUCGGAAACCACAUACAUGGUGCUCACAGCAUCGAGGACGGCAGCAGGACGAACUUGAUUCUUUGGUGCCGGUCGUCGCCAGCGAAGAAUGGAAGCGAGCCGCCUGAGCUUGACUGA